UCCUGAAGGUAGAAUGCCAUCCGUUUCCUUACCAGUGGGGAAGACGCACUGAAAGAAGGAAAUACACAAAAACUAGCCACUAAGUAUUAAAUGAUGGCCAGUAGAGUAGCCAAGGUGGAGAACUGUAAGUGAAGUGCCUGGGCGGGGGCCAGCCAUGCAUCGCAGCACUCAGGGUGAAGCUCCAGCCAGGUCACGUCGACUCAGUAGAUUUCCCCUGGCUCUGGCUAAAGCGUGAGUCAUCCUGCCUAGUGGAGUUGGGGACGCUGGCACAGAUGCACUCCAUGAAGAGGCCAGUGUGAAGCCAGAAGCUGCAGGGUGAAUAUUUCAGGUAUAAAGGCAUCCCCUUUCCAGUCGGCAUGUACUCACCUGAGAGCCUCAGCCUGGCCGAGAACACCGACAACGUGAGGGAUGAGGACAUCUUCAUUGUCACCUACCCCAAAUCAGGUACCAACUGGAUGAUUGAGAUCCUUUGCUUAAUCCUGAAAGAUGGGGACCCCUCAUGGAUCCGUUCUGAGCCCAUUUGGCAACGUGCACCCUGGUGCGAGACCAUCAUAAGCGCCUUCAGCCUCCCAGACCGGCCCAGUCCCCGCCUCAUGAGCUCCCACCUUCCCAUUCAACUGUUCACAAAGGCCUUCUUCAGCUCCAAGGCCAAGGUGAUUUACUUGGGCCGGAACCCCAGGGACGUUGUGGUCUCCCUCUAUUAUUACUCUAAGAUUGCAGUGCAAUUGAAGGACCCUGGUACACCUGACCAGUUCCUUCAGGAUUUCCUCAAGGGAGAAGUGCAGUUUGGCUCCUGGUUUGACCACAUCAAGGGCUGGAUCCGGAUGCAGAGCCACGAGAACUUCCUGUUUAUCACCUAUGAGGAGCUGCAGCAGGACCUUCGAGGCUCCGUGCAACGCCUCUGCGAGUUCCUGGGCCGGCCACUGGGUGAAGAGGCCUUGAGCUCUGUGGUGGCCCAUUCUGCUUUUGGUGCCAUGAAGGCCAAAAAGAUGUCCAACUACACACUACUGCCAGCCAGCCUGCUGGACCACCGCCAGGGGGCGUUCCUGCGCAAAG